CACAAUUUGUGAGCAUCUCUACAUUUUAUCAAGAUGUCCAUGACAUGGAUCUCUGCCCUGCUAUUGCUACAACUGAGUUGUUAUUUCAACUCUGGGAGCUGUGGAAAGGUGCUGGUGUGGCCAAUGGAUUUCAGCCACUGGUUGAACAUAAAGAUCAUACUAGAGGAACUUAUCCAGGGGGGACAUGAGAUGACAGUUCUGAGACCUUCAAGUAUCAUUUUUGCUGAUGUUAAUUCAUCAUCCCAAAUUAAGUUUGAAACAUUUCCUACAUCUGUCAAUGAAGAUCAGUGGAAAGAAACUUCUACUCAAUUGAUCACUAAGUGGAUGAAUAUGGGGUCAAUAGAAUUCUUUUUCACACAGUGUCUAGAGGCAGAAAACAUUUUUAAAGAUUUUUUUGACAGUUGGAGAAAUUUUUGUAAAGAAGCAGUCUCAAACAAGAUACUGAUGAGGAAACUCCAAGAAUCAAGAUUUGAUGUUCUUCUUGCGGAUGCCGUGGGUCCCUGUGGUGAGCUGGUGGCUGAGCUUCUAAAAAUACCUUUUGUGUAUAGCAUCCGUGGCACUCCUGGCUUCCAUGUGGAAAGAAAUGGAGGAGGGCUUAUAUGUCCUCCUUCUUAUGUACCUGUUUUAAUGUCAGGACUAGCUGGUCAAAUGAGUUUCAUGAGAGUAAAAAACAUAAUGCACAUGCUUUAUUUUGACUUUUGUUUUGCAAUACUUAAUGAAAAAGAGUGGAAUGAACUUUACAGUGAAGUUUUAGGAAAACGUACAACAUUAUAUGAGACAAUGGGAAAGGCAGAAAUGUGGCUCAUUCGAAGCUACUGGGAUUUGGAAUUUCCUCGGCCCAGCUUACCAAAUUUUGAUUUUGUGGGAGGACUCCACUGCAAACCUGCCAAACCUCUGCCUAAGGAAAUGGAAGACUUUGUGCACAGCUCUGCGGAGCAUGGCAUCGUGGUGUUUGCUCUGGGGUCGAUGGUCAGCAACAUGACGGAAGAAAGGGCCAAUACGAUUGCUUCAGCCCUUGCACAGAUUCCACAAAAGGUUCUUUGGAGAUUUGAUGGAAAGAAACCAGAUACCUUAGGACCCAACACUCGGCUGUACAAAUGGCUUCCUCAGAAUGACCUACUUGGUCAUCCCAAAACGAGAGCUUUUGUCACUCAUGGUGGAGCCAACGGUGUUUAUGAGGCGAUCUACCAUGGGAUCCCUAUGGUGGGCAUUCCUUUGUUUGCGGAUCAGCAUGAUAACAUUGCUCACAUGAAGGCUAAAGGAGCAGCUGUUAAAGUGGAAUUCUUGACAAUGUCAAGCACAGAACUGCUAAACGCACUGAAGACGGUCCUUAACAGCCCUUCCUAUAAGGAGAAUGCUAUGUGGUUGUCAACCAUUCACCACGAUCAGCCCAUGAAG